AUGGCUUUCGUUCAUCUCUACAAAAAUCAACGUAGCAAACUUGAUCCAUGUGCGCUUCGUUGUGUUUUUGUGGGUUAUGCCACUCAUCAAAAAGGCUACCACUGUUAUAACCCUCAUACCCGACGUACCUAUGUCACUUUGGAUGUGACCUUUCUGGAAUCUGAGCUGUUCUUACAUGACCCAUUAUCCAAUUCUACGCUUCAGAUGGAGAUACGAAGUGAAGAGCAGAAUUGGAGCAACUUGGAAAACGAAGAAAUUCUCCUAUGUACGAAAAUGAUCGAUCGUCCCGAGUCUGGAGCUCGAGAUUACUCUCUGGCGAAAAGCAAUCAAUCGCCUAUUCAUAACGAUCAAUUGCCUGACCCACCUGAUCCAUGUGAAGAUAUUUCUGAUCCGAGUCUCACACCUACAGACAAUACAAAACAACAAGGUAAAGACCCCCCUUCUAACUCAACAGUACCAACAUACCAAUCUCCUGAGAAUAUCCUUGAGUCACCACGUGCAUGGUUUGGACGGUUCACCAAGGCAAUGAAGAACAAUGAUUUCAAACAGUCCAACUCAGAUUAUACUCUGUUCUUGAAACAUCGGAAAGGGAAGUCUACACCUGGAAAAGAACUUAUGUUCUCAAAGCGUGGUCAUCUAAAUAUUGAUGGUUAUUCAGAUGCAGAUUGGGUAGGUAAUGUAACAGAUAGAAAAUCCACAUCAGGUUACUUCACAUUCGUGGGAGGUAAUUUGGUGACAUGGAGGAGUAAGAAACAGAAUAUAGUAGCUCUAUCCAGUGCAGAAGCCGAGUUCAGAAGCAUGACUAAAGGGAUUUGUGAACUUUUUUGGUUAAGAAAGUUGCUUAUUGAACUUGGGUAUAAACCUACAUCCACAAUGAAUCUCUUUUGUGACAGCAAGGCUACUAUCGCCAUUGCACAAAAUUCAGUUCAGCAUGAUCGUACUAAACAUGUUGAGGUGGAUCGACACUUCAUCAAACAGAAGCUUGAGGCUAAAGUGUUUCAAUUUCCAUUUGUGAAAUCCGAGGAUCAAUUGGCAGAUAUUUUGACAAAAGCGAUUUCCAGUAAAGCAUUCCACAAUUCACUGGAUCAGUUGGGCAUUGACGACAUCUAUGCACCAACGUGA